UCCUUCCUGCACACAAGGAAGAUGAAUAAUAAUACACAGGAUACUGCGGUGCUUCAGCACAUUGAGAGGGAGGUACGCAUGCGUGAAGGAACUUGCAAGCUACUGGCAGCAUGUUCCCAAAGAGAGCAGGCCCUGGAGGCCUCCAAGAGCCUCCUAACUUGCAAUGCCCGCAUUCUGGCCUUGCUCAGCCAACUACAGAGGAUGAGGAAAGUACAAAUCCUACAAAGUGUGGGAUGCAGGCCAUCUGAUGAUCUGGUGCCAUGUACAGGAAAAGUAGCACUUUCAGACCUGCGAAUCCCCCUCAUGUGGAAAGACUCAGAGUACUUCAAAAACAAAGGAGAACUACAUCGCUGUGCAGUGUUCUGCCUGAUCCAGUGUGGCACAGAGAUCCAUGACACUGACCUGGUGAUGGUAGACAGGACUUUGACUGACAUCUGUUUUGAAAACACUAUAAUAUUCAGCGAGGUAAGUCCAGGGUUUCAGCUUCGUGUUGAGCUGUACAGCAGUUGCGUGGUCGAUGAAUUCUCCCCUGGGGCCAUAGGAUCCUGGAGAGUGAGCCGUCUAGGGGGCUCUUUGGGAUGCUCCUCUGGGAAAAAGAUCCGUGCUGCAUUCGAGUCUGCAGCUGUUUGCGGAUCCAUUUCCAGUGGAGGAGAUGUAAGAUCUGGAAGCGUGCCACCAGCAUUAUCACCCGACAUGUUGACACUGGGACCUAAGUACAACCUGUUGGCUCACACAACCCUGAGAAUUGAACAUGUCCGGGAAGGUUUCAAGACACACGAUUUAUCACUUUCAGCAACAGAGGAUAAUCCAUUCUGGUUGCCUUUGUAUGGAAGUAUGUGCUGUUGCUUAGUUGCUCAGCCUCUGUGCAUGAUUCAGCCAGUGAUAAGUGGCCAAAUCAAAAUCAAGCUCAGCUCAGAAGAGGACUGUAAUUAUCCUGAAACUGUCUAUGGUGUCCUCAAGAGGCAAGCCCUUCUCUGUUAUCAAAGUCAAGAAGACCUGGAGUCUCAGGACAAUCCCUUGCUUGAGAUUCCAAUCAGAAAGGAUACCGUUGUCUGUUUGUCUGACAGAGAUCCUGCCAACUGCCAGAAUAUUUACAUCAAUACAGAACAUCAAGGGGAGGACAUAACUUACAUGCUUACCACAUACAUGCUUGAAGACACACAGCGCUGGAGGAAGGCCCUCUGUCAGCACAUCUAUAGCAUGAGCCAUUGGAAACAGUGCUGUGACAACCUCAUGAAGAUACAAAUGCCGAGCUCCAGGAAAUCAAUAACGAUGAAGCAGGGAUCUCUAUACCAUGAAAUAGCAACACCCUCCUCGCCCAGAAAGCAAACUGAGGUUCCAGAUUUAAAUACUGAUAUGCGCUCUUUGCUCUCUACAUACUACAAGGAAAGUUAUUGAUCACCCUGCCAAGGAUACACUGGGAAAAUGUGACACACACUCCUCAGCUGUCCAUUUCUGGUUACCAUGGCCGGUCAAGGAGUUGAUAAUUGGUGGUCUUUCAUGAUUUGGAAGGUCACCAGAAUUACUCGACUGUGCUUACUUUUUUCAUGCUACUCCUGAAUGGAUCCAAACUGUUUGUCCAACAACAAUGGUUAGCAAUUUUUGGAGUGGAGGCAAUAUAAUCAGAUUUCAUUUGGAGUUGUAAUUUUGAUUCCAUUUACCUUGACCCCUUAAGUUUAGUUACUGUGCUAAACAUGAAAACAUCCAUUUAUUAGGAACCCAGUUGGAGAAAAUCACGUGUCGCUAUUUUAUGUACCACGUGCAGCAACAUGUGCAUUUAUAUUUUCGCCUGGUUUCAUUGUUACACAGCAACACAUGCUUUAAAUUUUAGUUACGCCAACGUGGAUUGACCAUAACAUUAUGCUAUUAAAGAACAAAACAGAAGCAGUCUCCCAUAUUUCUACUGAGUCAUAAGACAAGACUCAAGGAAGAAAAUCUUUUUACUGUAAAUCAAGAGCACUCCUUGCAUUGUCUACAAAUAGUUUCAUUGAUGUUAUGCUUGUUUUGGCCACACCUCUUGGAAGCAUAUAAAACUUUACACUUCCAGUCAACAUCCUGUGGAGCCAGAAAAAGCAUAUUUAUGGAGAAUUCGGGUAGGAAUCAUUGACAGGUUUCUCAGAAGUUCGUCACUGGGCAUGCCUUACUGGUAAAGAGGACGUGUGAGAAUGCAAUAAGUAAUUAGCACUAAUCUAAUCUAAUCUGGUACCCGGAGAUAUCAAGGAUGCACAGAAUUCUUCGAGGCCUCACGUCACAAUUAGGAAUUGCUAAAAUCUUAUCUUAAGUAUUAUGUUUUAGUAUUUUGUUUUCGCCUUGUUUUGUGAAAAAAGAAACUUGAAAAUUCAUGGAUGACAGAUUACAUUUCAUUCUUAAAAAAUAUAAUUUUGAUUUAAGAGCUUGAGCAUACUGGUGGACAACAAUUAGAGAUAAGACAUUAUUUUGAUCAAUUUAAUUUAUGGCAAUAAUUAUGACAUUAACUUUACACUGGAUGGUGGUCUAAUACAUUUGUUGAGCUCUGUAUGUUAUUAUAAAAGACUUUUAAACAAUUUGUAAAUGUAAAACUAAAAAAUACAUUGUGUGCUUUAUUUUUAUUAUUACAAAUUUCCUUAUAAAUUAUUCAUCCGAAAGUGAACUUUUCCGAUAACUUAGGUUUGUAGUAGUUUGACUUGAUGCCAGUGCGCACGUUUGAGGAUGUGAAGCACACUGCAUUCCGCUCUUUAAAUAGAUUAUGUGUAACACGGAAGCACUAAAUUACGUUAGGCCUGAGGGUUUCCUGGGCUAGUAAACCUGUCAACUGAUUUUUACGCUAUUUUUGAUCAACCUGUCCAGGGUGUACUCUGCCUC